AGAACGACGACGACGACGCGUCAAAGCAGGCGACGAGCACGCACGAGACUUGUCGACUCGAGAGGUGGCGGCGGAGAAGCACGUGUGUGCGGCGCGCACGAGGAACGAACAGAAGCAGAAGUAAGAGAGAGAGUUCUGCCUAGUGAGAGUCUUCGCAGUUGGCGCUGGAGUGAGUGAGUGUGUGGUGAAGAACGGAACAGAAGUAGAGGAAGCCAGAGAGGGUGAAGGAGAGAGUCCUUCCGCGUGUAUCGAGUAGGCAGACUAAUACAGGCGCAAAGGGAAGAUACACAGUCCGUCAAUACACACAGAGAAGAGGAAGAGCAGCAGAGGGUUCCCGUUGCGUUGUGCCGGCGACGCAACAAGAGGAAGAGUUGGUGUGUAGCAGAAGCGUUCAGGGAGUCGACAGGCUCGGGCCGAGUUUCGCUUUUGACAGUGUGUUUUGUGGCGCUGGCCAGGAAGGAAGUGUUGACGACGAAGACGACGAGUGUUGCGAAGCCGAACAGAAGCGUCGACUGUGUGACUGGAAAGCAAGCAAGUGAGCGCGCGAGAGUGUGUUCUACCCGGAGGAGGUCAAGCGCGCGAGCGGAGUACUAGUUUAGUAUACCAUACCGUAUAGCUGUACACACAGGCUUGGACAGAAAGUGAAAAUAGGCCUGUCUGGCCGCGUUACCUCAAGCCUCCUGGCCUCUGCACACCGUUUGCCGACUCUUGGAGUGCGGAUCCAAGUGUGAAGAAAAGAGCCUUUUCGUGAAAAAUUAACGUGACGUUUUGUGUUUACCGCGACGAUUACGGAAGACUCGAGCUGAAUCAAGCCCCAAUGCCAAAGUGUUUUGUGAGAUAGCGAUUUUUGUCGACUUUUUUCGGUUCAGUUUUUUCCUGUGCAACCGUUCUCUAUGUGUGUAACUUUUGUUUUGCUGUGUGGCAAACCUCAAGACGACGUUCUCAGGGAAUCUCCAGCGUAGAGAAAUCGACCGCGUCGAGACUACUGCUAUUGCAGGAAUUUCAAACCCGAAAAACAACUCAGUGAAUGCGCUGCAGUGAGUGAGUGAGUGCAUGGAAUCCAAAAAAAUAAAGGGAGAAAAAAACUCGUUAUAGGGAGUAGAAACUGGGCCAAGUGUACUUGAACUACGAACGGGAAGUUUUUGAUCCUGGUGAAGUACGAGAAGGAGCGAACGAACGACGAGAUGAGCAGGAUGAGUUGCAGCCGAAUUAGUGUUAGAGAAGUGUUGCGAGCAAGUGACUGACAAUAAAACUGUGAAGCAAUUGGUGUUUUUUUUUUUGUGAGAGUGUGUGACUUAAAAACUUAGACUUCCCACCUAUUUUUCAUCAGAGAGCCUCUUCUCUGUGUAUCUUUCUAAAACUUCAAGUGUCCAGCUUUCGGGCGGACCGCAACCAGGUUACGAAAAUAGAUACGUUAACGUUACACCCGUACCAUCCGCUGCUCCUGAUGGCGCCUCGACGAGGAACACUGGGACCGGUGGCACCGCCCUCGACGGCGACCACCACCGGAACAACCCUGGACCUGUUUGGGACUCUCGGUGGCGGAGGUGACUCAGACCAUGGCUUCGAGAGCUCCCUCUCGGCCGAUGGUUCCGGAAGUGAGGGAACCGGUCCCAUCACCUGUAUGACCCGAUGCUGCGUCCCGACCGGGGAUUGCCUCAAAGCAUCCCCGCUCGACUUUGGCGCCAUAAAUCCCGAAGAUCUGCGCGAUUGCAUUCGGGUGAUCUGCAACAAUGACAACUGCACCGCCGGUCAGUUCAUGCACCGCGAGUGCUUCGAGCACUGGGAAGAGGGCGUCCUGAACUACCUCAAAUCGAUUGGUCGGGCUCGGUCCUGGUCGGACAAGCAACGCCAACAGAACCUCUGGACCAAAAAGGGCUACGAUCUGGUCUUCAAGGCCUGCACCUGCAAGUGCGCCCGUGGCCACCUCCGCAAGGACCUCGACUGGAUCCCCCCUACCUCGUCCUCCCUCUUUGCGUCGUCCCGCCUCGACGACGACUCAACCAAGAAGAAGAAAAAGAAGAACCGCCAGAACCAGAAACCCUCGCUGGCCAUCUCCACCAGCCCCGGCUCGGUCUCGAGCAGUUCCUCCAACAGCCCCAACUCCCAGCUCAACCACCACAGCAAUCACCCCCUGCUGAACCCGCUGAAACUCGCGGACCACUUUGCUACCUCACUGAUACUGAACACCACAACCACCCCCACGUCCGGAUCGGCCCGGAACCGCACCAACAGUCUGUCCUCGUCGAGCAACGGGUCGAGCACGCCGCCGGCCAGUUCCACCGGAUGUUCCGGUGGGGCGAGCGACUGCCAGAGCAUCUCGCCGGUGCACACGUCCGGAGGUUGCCUGGGGCUGGGUGGCGUGUCGGUGGCGGCCACGGCCGCGGCCCUGGCCAAGAUGCCACUGACGCCCAAGACCAAGGUGGAGAUCUACUCGGAGCGAGUUAGGGCGACAUCUGGCGCCAACGGAAUCUUUUCCCGCCGACUGGACUUUUCCUCGUUCAACAUGCUGCCCCGGCAACGAGUAAACUCCUAUUCAAUCAAGAUCGAGGACGAGGGCAACCACGGCAACGACGAGACGCGCCUCUUCAUCCUGUCGUCGCUGGCCGCGCAGCACAAGAGCCGGGUCGCGUGCGUCCUGUGCGAGGAACCGAUGCUAGUCUUUGACCGCUACCCGCUAGUCGACGGAACGUUCUUCCUCAGCCCGAAGCAGCACGCCAAGGGUUGCAUCGAGGUGAAAUACGAGAAUCGUGUCCAAUAUCUGACGUCGGUUUGCAUGGCGUGUCUGGACGGUGUCGAGCCGAACCGGGUCGUGCGAUGCAGGUUCUGCGCCCAAAAGUGGGACGGCUCUUCGCUGGUUCUCGGUACGAUGUACUCGUACGACAUCUUCGCCGCGAUGCCCUGCUGCACCGAACGGCUAAAGUGCAACAACUGCUUCAAGUUGCUCCUGCACCCGCACCAGCGGCUCAACUUCUACAGCGACUACAGCCACAGCGUGUCCUGUCCGUACUGCCACGCCCAGGACACGCACUUUGUGAAGCCGCUCGGCUACUGCUACACCAAGCAGCCGAUGCAGCUGUUCCAGCAGUGGCCAUAACAUGAGGCCCCGUUGGAGUCCCCGAAGCCCCUGAAC